GGGGCAGGCCCGCAGCUGCUCGGCGGGCCGCCUACUCCCUGCCUCCCCGAGGUCGGGGGGCGGCCGGAGGCCUUUAAUUUUUAUUUGCCUGUUUUCCCCCCUCCUCCCCUCCCCCGCCGGAGCCGCCCUCUCUAGUUACGUGGCGGGUGCGCGCACUGGGUUCACGAUGGUGGUGGCGGCGACGGGGCCCGGCGGCGGCGCGAGAAGGCGCGGGUAGAAAAUGGCGGAUUUCGAGGAGUUGCGGAGUAUGGUAUCAAGUUUUCGUGUGUCUGAACUGCAAGUGUUGUUGGGUUUUGCUGGACGUAAUAAAAGUGGACGGAAACAUGACCUCCUGAUGAGGGCACUGCAUUUACUGAAGAGUGGCUGCAGCCCAGCAGUUCAGAUAAAAAUCCGAGAACUCUAUAGGCAUCGGUACCCAAGGACAAUUGAAGGACUCUCAGACUUAUCAGCUAUAAAACCCAUCAUUUUCAAUUUGGACAGUAGUUCCUCUCCUGUGGAGCCUGACCUGGCUGUUGCUGGGAUUCACACGCUCUCUUCUACUUCAGUCUCGCCUCAGUCUCAUUCCUCCCCUGUCAGCUCUGUGCUUCUCCAAGACACUAAGGCUCGCUUUGAGAUGCAGCAGCCGUCCUCUCCGAUUCCACCUGUUCAUCCUGACGUUCAGCUGAAAAGUCUGCCUUUUUAUGAUGUGCUAGAUGUGCUCAUAAAACCUACAAGUCUAGUACAGAGCAGUAUUCAGAGGUUCCAAGAGAAGUUUUUUAUCUUUGCUUUAACACCUCAGCAGGUCAGAGAAAUCUGUAUUUCCAGGGACUUCUUGCCAGGGGGCAGGAGAGAUUACACAGUCCAAGUUCAGCUAAGGUUAUGCCUGGCAGAGACAAGCUGUCCUCAAGAAGAUAAUUACCCUAAUAGUUUGUGCAUUAAAGUAAAUGGGAAGCUGUUUCCAUUGCCGGGAUAUGCUCCACCACCAAAAAAUGGAAUUGAACAGAAGCGACCUGGGCGUCCCUUGAAUAUAACAUCUCUAGUUAGGUUAUCAUCAGCAGUGCCAAACCAGAUUUCCAUUUCCUGGGCAUCUGAAAUUGGAAAGAAUUACUCCAUGUCUGUGUAUCUUGUUCGUCAGCUCACUUCAGCUAUGCUUUUGCAGAGGUUAAAAAUGAAAGGUAUCAGAAACCCCGAUCAUUCCAGAGCACUAAUUAAAGAAAAAUUAACGGCAGAUCCUGAUAGUGAGAUUGCCACAACCAGUCUGCGGGUUUCUCUGAUGUGUCCUCUGGGAAAAAUGAGACUGACAAUCCCAUGCCGGGCUGUUACUUGCACACACCUGCAAUGUUUUGAUGCUGCUCUUUAUCUUCAAAUGAAUGAGAAGAAGCCUACCUGGAUCUGUCCUGUCUGUGACAAGAAGGCAGCUUAUGAGAGCCUAAUACUAGAUGGGCUCUUUAUGGAAAUCCUUAAUGAAUGUUCAGAUGUGGAUGAGAUUAAAUUCCAAGAAGAUGGUUCCUGGUGCCCCAUGAGGCCUAAAAAAGAUGCUGUGAAAGUUUCAAGUCCACAGUGCACCAAAAUAGAAAGUUCCAGUGUUGUUAGCAAACCAUGUUCUGUGACAGUGGCCAACGAGGUAAACAAGAAGAAAGUUGAUGUGAUUGACUUGACAAUUGAAAGCUCUUCUGACGAAGAUGAUGAUCCUCCUGCCAAAAGGAAGUGCAUAUUUACGUCUGAAGCACAAGGAAGCCCAACCAAAGGGGUUCUCAUGUAUCAGCCAUCUACUGUCAGAGUGCCCAGCGUGACAACAGUUGAUACUGCUGCUAUUCCUCCUUCGUUAACAGACUACUCAGUGCCAUUCCAUCACCCACCAAUAUCUAGUAUUUCCUCGGACUUGCCAGGUCUGGAUUUUCUUUCAAUAAUCCCAGUUGAUUCACAGUACUGUCCUCCUAUGUUUUUGGAUAGUCUCACCUCAACCUUAACAAGCAGCACGUCUGGCAGCAUCAUCACAUCAACCAGUCACCACGAAAGCAGCAUGCACGUUAGCUCCUCCAGCAGGAGCAAGACAGGAGUUAUAACCAGCAGUGGAGGCAGUGCUCCUGACAUCAUCUCACUGGACUGAAACAAGAGGCAGCCUUGGAACUCCAGGAGAAAUUGCACAGAGCUGCUUGUUGUAUCUCUGGAACUUCAGCAUCUCGGAAGUUACGCUGAUAUUUAUUGAAAGGAUUUGUCUUCUAGAAAUGGAGUAAACUCAUCUACACUAGGAACAGAAGUGAUAGACUUUUUUUUCUUGCUUGUUAAAUAGCUGGUAGAGAAAAGGCCCCUUCAGAACAUGCUUUUAUGCUUCUGGCUUGUUCUGGGGAAACUGACUUUUUGUUGUUAGAUUCCACAAAUGGUUUUUAAUUUUGUUGUAAAACACAGCAAUAAUGUAAAAAACUUUUUUAAAUAAAAAGGCACUUAACCACUC